AUGAAUAUAAAUGAUCCAUCACAAUAUAUAAAUCAUAAUCAACAAUUUUUCAAAAAAUUCAAACCAAUAGUAUACGUAGAUAAACCUAUAGGAAAUCAUACCAAAUCAUCAACUGAAGUAAUAACUAUAUCAAUAAAUCAAUGUGGUUCAAGAUUGGUUGUAUCAAGAACUGAUAAAUCAUUAAGAUUAUAUAAAUGUUUUCCCGAAGGUUUAUUUGAUCCAAUUAUUAUUGAAGAUGCACAUUUAAGAUCUGUUGAAAGUAUAAGUUGGGAUCCAAAAACUGAAUAUGAUUUUGCAACUGUUGGAAAUGAUGAAAAUAUUAAAAUUUGGAGAAGUUCAAAUGGUAAAUUAAUAAAUAAUUUAAAAACCCUGUGUAAAAAUUUAAGAAUUGUAAGAUAUUCAAUAGAUGGUGAAAUUUUAAUUGCAAUUGAUAAAAAUUCAACUAUUUUAAUUUAUUCAGUUUUAAAUAAUUAUAAAUUAAUUCAAAUUUUUAAAAUUAAUGAUCAUAUAUAUGAUUUACAAUGGUUUAAUUAUGAACAUUCAUUUUUUAUAUUAGCAUUACAUGAUGGAUCAUUACCCAUAUAUGAAAUAAAUGAUAAUAUAAAUAUAAAUAAAAAAUCAACUGAUUUGGGAGAAGAAAUAUAUAAAUUAAAAACAAUAAUAAAAGGUCAUAGAUCAUCUACAAAUUCAAUAAGUGUAUCUCCAAAAGGUACUUAUUUUGUAGUUGGAGCAAGUGAUGGAAUAAUAAGUUUAUGGGAUACUUCAAAUUUAUUAUCAAAAAAUUUAAUAACAGAUAUUGAUCAAUCAAUCAUAAAUGUUUCUUGUUCAAGAGAUGGUACUUAUUUCUCAACAAGUUUUGAAAAAAAUUCAAAUACUCUUAUUUAUGAUCAAAUUUUAGGUACAAAAAUGUUUGAAAUGCCAAAUAGUGAAAGUGGUUCAAUGACUUUUAGUUGUUGUUGUUGGUUUCCUUCAAAAACUGAAUUUGUUUAUUCAAGUGAUUUUGGAACUACUAUUACUUUGAUGCAUAAACCUGAUGAACAUAGAACUGGGAUUAGACCACCAUCAAAAAGAUAA